UGCCCUUUUGUGUAGUGCCUUUUUCAGUUUAAAGCAGUUCUCAGUCUCGCGCACACGCUCACUCACUCUUCUCCCUCUUCGUUUCUCAAUGGCGGCUACGCAGCUCCCUUUCCAAACCUCAUCAUCAUCCUUCUCCAAACCCCUAAGGCACUCUUUAACCCGAAACCCAUUUUCCCAAAACCCCAUUCUACCCCUCAGACCCGCCUCCCUUAAACCCCUGGUUCUCAGAGCCGUCGUCUCCCAAAACCCGUCAAAAUCCCUCACCCAAGACCCUCAAACGACCCCCUUUAAGCACUGCUUCUCCAAAUCCUCAGAUGGGUUUCUCUAUUGUGAGGGCCUCAAGGUACAGGAGGUCAUCGAUUCGGUUGAGAGGCGGCCUUUCUACCUCUACAGCAAGCCACAGAUCACUAGAAACGUCGAGGCCUAUAAGGAGGCAUUGGAGGGGUUGAGUUCUGUUAUUGGGUAUGCGAUUAAAGCCAACAACAAUUACAAGAUAUUGGAGCAUCUGAGACAGUUGGGUUGUGGUGCUGUUCUGGUUAGUGGGAAUGAGCUCAGGUUGGCUCUUCGAGCUGGGUUUGAUCCCACUAAGUGCAUUUUUAAUGGGAAUGGAAAGUUGUUGGAGGACUUGGUUUUGGCUGCCCAAGAAGGUGUUUUUAUCAAUGUUGAUAGUGAGUUUGACUUGGAAAAUAUUGUUGCUGCUGCAAGAAUUGCUGGAAAGAGGGUCAAUGUUCUACUUCGGAUUAAUCCAGACGUAGACCCUCAGGUUCAUCCUUAUGUUGCCACUGGGAACAAGAACUCCAAAUUCGGUAUUAGAAAUGAGAAGCUGCAAUGGUUUUUGGAUGCUGUGAAGGCACAUCCGAAUGAGCUAAAACUUGUUGGCGCCCAUUGUCAUCUUGGAUCCACUAUUACCAAGGUGGAUAUAUUUCGGGAUGCUGCUGUUCUUAUGGUUAAGUACAUUGACGAAAUCCGGUCUCAAGGUUUUCAAGUUGAUUACUUAAAUAUCGGUGGGGGACUUGGGAUAGAUUACUAUCAUGCUGGUGCCGUACUUCCGACACCCAGAGAUCUUAUUGAUACUGUUCGCGACGUGGUCCAAUCACAGGGUCUAAAUCUUAUCAUUGAACCUGGGAGAUCACUUAUUGCAAAUUCUUGCUGCUUGGUCAACCGAGUAACAGGUGUCAAAACAAAUGGCACCAAAAACUUUAUCGUGAUCGAUGGAAGCAUGGCUGAACUCAUUCGCCCCAGUCUGUAUGAUGCUUAUCAACAUAUAGAGCUGGUUUCUCCUGCUUCACCUGAUGCUGAGAUUUCUACUUUUGAUGUGGUUGGCCCUGUUUGUGAGUCUGCGGAUUUCUUAGGGAAGGAUAGAGAACUUCCAACUCCACCCAAGGGAGCUGGUCUGGUUGUUCAUGAUGCAGGCGCUUACUGCAUGAGCAUGGCUUCAACUUACAAUCUUAAAAUGCGACCUCCAGAAUAUUGGGUUGAAGAAGAUGGAUCAGUGGCCAAGAUCCGACAUGCAGAGACAUUUGAAGAUCAUAUGCGAUUCUUUGACGGUCUUUGAUUGCGCUAUUCUUUGAUGGUCUUUGAUUGCGCUACCUUGAUUAGUUAGAGCCAGUUAAAAGUGGCCAGAAUUUUUCUGUUAUGUUGUUUGUUGUAACAUUGGAACCUUUGUAUUUGGAUAUGAAGUUAGCUCUUUAAUAUGAAGUUGUACCACCUCAUUUUGUUUGUUCACUCGAAACAGUAGAUUAAGAUAUAAAAAUUUGGAGCAAUACAAUUUAUGGCAUUUCCAGUUGCAGAA